UGACUGUCUGUCCUCAGUCUCUUUCUGUACAACAGCUCGCCUACAGCGGCCAUGGAGGACUGAUCCUUCAUAGGCCUAAACACAAUUGCCAACAGAUGCACUUACCAGCCCUGCCUUAUAUUAGACUGACGGACGAUACAGGGGAAACAUGUCUAGUUCCUACUCAUUUCAAAGGAACGGUCGGGAGAAAAAGGUCCAGUUCCAGGAGUCGUUCGAGGCUGUGUCUGAUAAGACGAACGUGAAGGACAGUACGGGGUUCUUAGACCGGUCCCAAAACUCCUGUUCUCUGGGUGUGAGCAACGUGUCCUACACGGUCAGUGAGAGAGUGGGACCAUGGUGGGACCUCCCCUCCUACAGGAAGAAAUGGACGAGGCAGAUCCUCAACGAUGUGUCCUUCCAUGUGGAGAGUGGUCAGCUCAUGGGCAUCUUAGGGAACUCAGGCUCGGGGAAGACCACCCUGCUGGAUGCCAUAGCGGGCAGGAUUGGGAACACAGGUUCCCUUCAGGGGGACGUCUUCAUCAAUGGCAGGAAACUCAAGACAGAACAGUCUCAGGACUGCUUCUCGUAUGUUCUACAGAGUGAUAACCUGCUGAGUUACCUGACUGUGGAGGAAACCCUCAUGUUCACGGCUCAGCUGGCCCUGAAGAGACACUCCACAGAAGCCAUCCGCAAGAAGGUGUCGGCUGUGAUGGCGGAGUUGAGUUUGGGUCAUGUGGCUCAUUGUGUCAUCGGCGGACGUAUCUUCCCUGGCAUCUCUGGGGGCGAGAGGAGACGGGUGUCCAUCGCCGGGCAACUUCUCCAGGACCCCAAGGUGAUACUGCUGGACGAGCCAACCACAGGCCUGGACAGUAUGACAGCCAAUCAGAUAGUGGUGUUGUUGGCGGAGUUGGCAAGGAGAGGUCGCAUCGUCAUAGUAACCAUCCAUCAACCUCGCUCAGAACUCUUCAGGGUGUUCAGUAGGAUUGCCAUAAUGAGUCUGGGUGAGCUAGUGUUCUGUGGGGAGCCGGGGCAGAUGGUGGACUUCUUCAGUGGCCUCGGCUAUGAAUGCCCCGAGUACUGCAACCCAUUUGAUAUCUACGUCGACCUAACGUCAGUGGACACCCGCUGCAGCGAGAGAGAGGCAGCCACCUCCAGCCGCAUGCACGAGAUCACAUCAGCCUAUCAGAGCUCAGAGAUCUACCAGAGCAUGCUGGGAAAGACGCAACAGGCAUGCCAGAGGCAGGACAAACCCAGCAUCCCCUUCAAGAGCAAAGAGUCGCCCAACGGCAUGUCCAAACUUGGAGUGCUCUUCAGGAGAACCAUGAGGAACCUCUCCCGGGACCGAAUGGGAGUUCUGAUGCGCCUCUCCCAGAACCUCAUCUACGGGUUCUUUGUGGCGUUCUUCGUCAUGCGGCUGGAUGAUGACAUCAACAAGGGGGCCGUGCAGGACCGCAUCGGCAUCAUCUACCAGGCCAUGGGCGCCUCGCCCUACACAGGGAUGCUCAACGCCGUGGCCCUGUUUCCUGCACUCAGGGCUAUAUCGGAUCAGGAGAGUAAGGAUGGCCUCUAUCAGAAGUGGCAGAUGUUUUUGGCCUACAUAUUCCAUAUCCUUCCCUUCAGCAUCAUUAGUGUCUUCAUCUUCACCUCAUUCCUCUACUGGACGGUGGGCAUGAACCCUGACCCCAACAGGUUCCUGUGUUUCUCUGCAGUCAUCACGGUUCCCCACAUCAUCGGGGAGCUCCUGACACUGGUGCUCCUGGGGGUGGUGCAGGACCCCAAUAUGGUGAACAGCGGGGUGGCGCUGCUCAACAUAGCCGGCAUCCUGGUGGGUUCCGGCUUCCUCAGGAGCACCGAGCAGAUGCCGGUGGUGUUUCAGUGGCUUAGCUAUCUGACCUUUCAGAAGUAUGGCUGUGAGCUGCUCAUCGUCACCGAGUUCCACAACCUCAACUUCACCUGCACUGACACGUCUAUGCUACCUGGGGCAUGUGUGAUUAAGGAGGGGAAUCAGGUGAUUGAUCAGGGCUACCCUGACGCUCUGUCGCGCUACACCCAGGACUUCCUGCUUCUCUACGCCUUCCUGCCUGCGCUCGUCCUCCUAGGAGUCAUCACAUUCAAGAUCCGAGACCGCAUCAUCCGCCGCUGACCCACACGGCAGAAACAAUCACUCACCUCAGGCGCCCAAAAUGGAGAAAGGCUUGUCCAGGCUAUCAACUUUGUAUAUAUAAUUGCCUGCUAGAAAUGCGACUUUAAGGAGACUUAUGCCAUUAUUGGACAGAUUUCUGCAGAAUAUUCUGCUCAUGUACUGCGCAAAUUCUGGAGGACAAAAAAGGACUUUAUCACAGUAAUGUAUUCUUAGUUCUGCUAUUGUGAAUAGCCAUAUCCAUCCGGUCCCUUUGAUGAAAAUGCCCACAUCUUAUUACCAUCUCUGCAUAGUCUGUCAAUGUUGUUUUUUUUUUCUUUAAAGAGGUGAUGGGCAUUAGUGUGUUCAAGGAAUGGAAUUUCAGCAUGACACCAUUGUAGCCUAAAUCAAAGCAGUAUAUUACGUAUAAGUCUAUUUUUUCAUUGAAACAUUCUAGCACAUAAUUUAUUGUUGAGCUUUACAUUGUAAUAAAUGUGACCAUGGUGAAUGUUUGAGAUAAUGUACACUGCAGAGUGUGUAUCAAUGCAAUUUAUUGUAUACACAGUAUAGAAAACAAAAAGGACAAAAUAGAGCUUAAAUAAAGUAUAAAAAUAUCAAUACAAAA